AUGGUGCACAUUAAAAGUCAUAGUUUUAAAUUCAUGUUUUUCGUAUUUUGCUUGUCACAGGUACAAGCAGGCAAAAAACGUCUUCCUGACGAACCAGAGAAUCCAUUUGAUGAAUUAUCCAGAGAGAUCUCCAAGUCAGUUACCAAAAUUUCAGACAAGAUCCAAUUAAGACUAUCCCAAGCUGAUGUCCAUGCCGAUAAAUAUUUCGACCAUUUGAAAGAAAACAUACAUGAAAGUGUAGAAAAAUUCCAAAAACAGAUGUGUGAUGUCGUUCAACAACAAAUCGAACGUGUGGGCGAAGAAUUAAAAGCCAGAAAUCCAGAAAUCGGCAAGAAGGUUAAGAAAUUAAAAGCAGAAUUAUUCGAUUUGAAAGAAGACCUUAUGAAAUUAUAUGAAGAAAUCAAGAAACCGUUUUUGGAACGUUUCAAUGAGUUGAGAGAUGAUAUUAGAAUCAAAACCAUACCAAUCGUCAAACGUUGGACACUAAUCUUCAAGGACAUAGAACUUAGAAGUAAGUUUAAUAGUGUAAAUGAUAUAGUAUUAAAAAAAUGGCCAUUUAUUGUAUUAUUGUAUAUUUUUAGGAGAUUAUAUUGGCUUUGAUCUCUGAAAAGAAGA